AUGUCGGCAGCUUCGUCGCCCUCGCCAUCCCGGUACCCCGGUGGCCUCCACAAGACCAACCUGCCACAGGGUCAAUGUCGCUAUAUUCUCCUUGUCCCGGGUAUCAAGGGCCAGCGAUGCGCCUGUGUACACUUUUCUCUGAAUCGCUCUACUCCCGGCGCCAGCUGUGACUGCGGGCAUCUGGCUUGCUACCACGUCAAGUCCCCUGAGCCGUCUUCGAACCGGCAAGAAGUUGACCUGUUGAGGCAGCGAUUGCACAACUUGGAGGAGCAACUUGGCCACGAACGACAGAACGCUCUGGGGAGUGUUAUUGCCAGGGUCAGCGAACUGGAAGAGCUCGUUGACAAGAGUCGCGAAGAGAUUGGCCAGGAGAUCAAGGGAUCAUAUCGAAAUAUUACGAGGGUCUGGCAAUCUGUGGAGCAUUUGGAAAGACAAACCGCUCAGUUGCAGCACAGCGUUCGGGACCAUACAGAGCACUUGGGGAAUGUCAACAUCGAAUUGAAGAAUGUCAGCAACCGUCAAAUGGAACUUUUCGACGCUGACGAGAGCAUGGAAGAGAGGCUGGAGCAACUCGAGUCAGACCAUGACCAGUUGACGAUGCGGAGGAGACCAGUCGGCGACGUUGUGGAGGCGUCGUCUCCAAGUCAUGGGAGCCGGCGCUUUCCUCAUUUUCAGCAGCCCAUUCCACGGAGGCCAGUUCCUGAUGAAGCUCCCCUCGGCUCAGAACAUUCUCGGCCCGGAUCCCGUUCUUCCUCCUCACCUGGAGCCACGGGUUUCGCUGGAAACCCCGACAGCUGUGGCGCGUGGACUGUUCAUAUCUCGCUGCUUCCGACUUUCUCGCAACCAUUUCCUUUUGAGAGGGAUACCAAUGCCUACAAACGUUGUCUCUCUCGUGGUCUCCAUCGGACGGUGGUGGUCGGAGGUCCCAGCAGCAACUCUUUCGUUGACGCCGUCACCAUGGCUUUUCGGGGCCUCCUGAAAGGCCGCUCGUGGAUGCCUUUGCAGGCUAAACUCUGCGACGCAGAAAGGCUGCAGGGUCUCCCAAUGUUGCGACCCCUGGAGCCUAGACUUGUCGACAGCGAUUACGACAUCAACUUCCUGCGGCAGCACUGUGGCGUGUGCGAGCCCAGUGGCAAGAUAGAGUCAUUGUACAUUGCCAUGCGUGAAGACAAAUUGUCUUGGCACUUUUUACGAAACUCGCCCAAGUUCAUAGACGGUCUCGAGAAUUGCUGGGUGUACGACCACUUCCUGGAUCCCAACGAUCCAGUAGAAGACGACACCAUGGACGAGCACGAUCGCCCUUCGGCUGGGGAUAUUGUUCCGAACCUGCCAUCUCUUAAAAGGGCCGCAUCCGAAAUGUCCAGGGCGAACAGCUUGGCCACCGGUGGAACGGGUGCUGAAGGCGAUCUCCCGCGCACCAAAGCCCCCCGGACAGCGUGCCUAUCCACACUAGUGGACUCGCCUAUCAUGGACUGGGACGUGGAUAUGGACGAUGUGGCCGAGGGCUUCGCUCCUCCCACUAUCUCAAUCGCCAACGCCUCGAACCACUCCGCCACCGCCGUCGCACCUCCCGAAGAUGUCGAACGCGACGUUGAGGGCACCACCCUGGUUCCCAACAAGGUUCACGUUCGAGGACUGGAUACUCUGACAACGGACAACAUCAAGACCUACGUGAGAGAUCACUAUGGAUCGGUCGACAGGGUCGAAUGGAUAGACGAUGCGUCUGCCAAUCUCAUCUUUGGCACCGACUCUGUGGCGCAAGAAGCAAUCCGGGCCCUGAGCGCCGUCGAAAUCGCCGACCCAACCCAACUUCCUCUUCUGGAGACGAUUCCUGCCAAGCCCGUGGCGUCACAUCCCGAGGUCAACCUUCAGAUUCGGUUUGCCGUGCUUUCCGACAAGAAAGCGCGGGGCGCCGCUCAGAGAAGUCGUUUUUACCUUUUCCACCCCGAGUUUGACCCGGAGGAGCGAAGACGACGCAACGAAGGGCGCAACAGCUAUCGCGACCGUGAGGGGGACGACCGCUACCGCCGCGGAGGACGGGCGAGACGAGAGCGCGAUCGAAGCGUGGAAGUCUACGAUGCCGGGAUGUACGACGAUGACGAGGCAGCACUAGCAGAGCGCGAAGCCAAGUCGACAAACUACAGAAGGUCACGAUCAAGGGACUUGGACUCGCGUGAGGAUCGCUCCUUUUCUCGAAGGAACCAAGAGAAGGAGCUCUUCCCAGGUCGUGGGUCUGGAUCACGAAGCCAACGAAAUCGCUCGGCAUCACCCAUGCGAGACGUUGACGGCGAUGCCAAGAUGGACAGCGAGAUACGUCGCGCAGGCACAGCAAGCAACAGGGAGAGGGCAUCUGGUAUCCGAGGUCGUUUGGCGCAAGGUAACCAGGCCAAGGAACUGUUCCCUACCAAGGGCUCUCCCGGCGGCAAGACACACAUGGACCGUGUGAUGGAUGGUGCGGACGAAGCCGCGCGGCUCAUGCAAAGCAACAUGUCCGUCGACGACGGUAGAAGCGGGAAGCGCGACUUACUCAACCAUCGAGGUAGAGACGAACACCAGCGCGGUUCCAACACAGGCUUUGCCAUCAAAGGCGCGGCAAGCGCAAAUGUUAACGAGUUAUUCCCCGAUCGUUUCGGUGGCAACGCAAAGAAGGAGCUGUUUGCCGAUAAGUUGGAGGGCCGCGGGAAGAGGCGGCAAAAGGCCGAAGACUUGUUCUCCUAG